AUGCCUAUGCGAUUGAGAGCUGAAAAGAAAAUGAGGAAGUUUCUUCUCGAACAAUUAAAAGAACGUAAACAACAUGGUGCAAGAAUAGCUCAAGGUUCCAAAACAGAACAAGAUUUAAUAAAUUUAAAUUUAGGACCACAAGUAUUCGUAUUUAAAAAUUUAUUUAGUGGACAAAUACUAUAUUCACAAGUACCAGCAUAUCAUCAAGAUCAAAUAGAUGAACAAUUUAUAAAUCCAAAUUGGGAAAAUAGAAAACCUUCAAGAAGACAAGAUCUUUGGAAAAUCAUGUGUGUUGCAAAUUUUAAUAAUUAUGAAUAUGCAACAGCUGCUUACAAGGGUUUAUUAGAUUUAAGAAAAGUAAGAGAUAUAAAACAAAAGAAAAAUGCGAAUGAAUUAAGAAAGAAAAACAAUGACGGAAAUAUUUGGUUUUCUGGUCAAUAUAGACCAACUUAUUCACAAGAAGCAGUUGCAGAUUUAGCUCAUGUUAUUGAUCAAUUUGAAUUAGAAAAUACUCAAUUAUUCUGGGAAAAUGAAUGGAGAAGAGGUGACGAUAAAUAUUGGAGAGUUGACUUGGUUGAACAUGAAACUUUACCUGUUUAUAGUCCAAAGCAUCAAACCGUUUUAUUGGAUGUUAUGAGAGCUAAAGCAGUUGAGGCAUUUGCUAAAGAGAGAGAAAAUCAGGAGGCAGAAGUAGGAGAAGGGAAUGAACAAGUGAUGGCAUAA